AUGUUGAUGGACAUAACUUUCCUCGGCACGGGCUCAGCGUAUCCCUCUCCAACAAGAGGAGCGUCGGCAUUAGUGCUUCGCAGGGAAGGAGAGUGCUGGCUCUUCGACUGCGGAGAAGGAACUCAAACACAGUUCAUGAAGAGCCAUCUCAAAGCAGGGAGAAUUACCAAGAUUUUCAUAACUCAUCUACACGGUGACCACUUUUUUGGACUUCCUGGCCUGCUGUGUACACUGAGCCUCCAAAGCAGCCCUGACCCAAAAAAACCACCCGUUGAUAUUUACGGACCAUUAGGACUGCGAAACUUUAUAUGGAGGAGUAUGGAGCUCUCCCACUCACAACCUUACACUGUUCAUGAACUGGUGCCUACACGAGACCAGUGCCCCGCAGAAGAAUUUAAGGACUUUUCCUACUUGGACAGAGAUGAGGUGUCUCCCCAGGGAGCACAAGGGAGAAUACUUCACCUGGACCCAGUAGAAAACUCUUACUUGCUGCUUGAGGAUGAGCAGCUGGUUCUGAAAGCGUUUCGCCUAUUUCACCGCAUUCCUUCCUUUGGCUUUGUGGUGGAAGAGAAGCCCCGGACUGGUAAACUCAACGUACAGAAACUGAAAGACCUUGGAGUUCAGCCAGGUCCUCUAUAUGGGAAACUAAAGAAUGGAACAGCAAUCGUUCUAGAAAAUGGAGUAACAAUUUCUCCUUCAGAUGUCUUGGAAGACCCUAUUCCUGGAAGAAAAAUUUGCAUUUUGGGGGAUUGUUCUGGGGUGGUUGGAGAUGCAGCCAUGAAGCUUUGCUGUGAAGCAGAUGUGUUGAUACAUGAAGCCACCUUGGACGAUACCCAAGAGGAAAAGGCCAGAGAGCAUGGUCACAGCACUCCAAAAAUGGCAUCAGAUUUUGCGAAAUUGUGUCAAGUUAAGAAACUGGUUUUGACUCACUUCAGUCAGCGGUAUAAACCAGCUGCUCAGAGAGGUGAGGGAGACACGGACAUCACCGAACUGAAGAGACAGGCAGAGGCAGUGUUAGAUGGUCAAGAAGUAACACUAGCUGAGGAUUUUAUGACAAUAGAAAUUCCGAUGAAAAAAUAA